AUGUCCUGGAGAUAUGUAUGCGCGUGCCCGUGCGUGAGUGUGUGCGGCAUGUACGCGCGCCUCCUCUCUGGACGAAUCGGUUCCGUGGUGCGCGCUGGAGUCCGCCUCUCCGCGCCCCUGCUUCCCAUUGACGCACUUUUUAAGCGUCUGCGCCAGUUCUCCUCCUCAAGGCGAGCAGCAGCGAGCGAGUGUCGGAGGCGACCAAUCACCAUGCCAUUACAGUCUUCAGAGGAAGCUGUUUAUGGGGCUGCAGCGCUAAUUACACUCAUGAACUAA